GCCAUUUUCCCUCAGUGUCUAAUUCCAAUGUCCACCAAAAAGAGAAAUAAACAAAAACGAUGUUUUUUUUAGGUCAGCCUGACUAAGCAAACUUAUGGGUCUAAGAUGUUCUAGCGAUGACUACCCCGUAUUUUGUUUAUCAAGGACGACACUCACCAGUCUAUCAUAAGACCCUGUACACUGUUGUCGUAUCUUGUUUUUAGUUAUCUGAAUGUGAUUUAAACGGGAUUUGGCUGCUAUUUCUGCCACGUUGAACUACUACAUGGUUGCUCCUUCGUUGAUGCGCGUUAGUUUCUUGGCGAUGCUUUUUGAUUUACGGUCCGCUGGAUACGGAUGAAAAAGUGAAAAGAAAUAAUUUAAAAUGUUUCAGAAUGCAUUAAACUAUGUUAGACUUUGGCAGAGUUAUCACCCGUGUCAUUCAGGCCAUGAGACAAACUGCCUUGAGCCUCAUACAAUUAGAAGGGCGUUGAUUUCACCAGAACAUCUGCUACCAUUUAUUUAUAGACAUUGUAUAUUAUUUCAUUUCUUACAUAACAACCAUCGAGUAUAACCAAAAACUUAAUAUAAAACUAAAAAUGUUUUUGAGUGCAGCAAUGCCUACCACUUGCAGAGUGCUCUGCAAGCAAUGAGCAUUCUCGUGGUAAGUAUAAAAUGAUUGGAUAAUUUUCCCUUAUAAACAGCCCCAUGCUGUUAAUUACAAGAAAGUGAAUGAUAACAAAAUAUAUUUAUACUGACGGACAUUUUUCAAGUUUUAAGAAAUUUUUGCCAAUUAACAGAAGACGUUAAUCUAUUUGGUUCAUCUAAUACAACUGUUUAUAUCAAUAUAGAUUUGGUGACAUGGAAAUAUAGUGGUGAGAAAGCUUUACAAAAUGAAUCAUUUUCCUAAUCAAAGAUCAGCAUCCAGAAGGAAUAUGUUUUCUUCGAAACAUGAGGUAUGCAAUAGGGAAAAACCUUAUCAUUGUGAAAUUUGUGGAAAAUCUUUUAUCAGCAAUGGACAUUUAAAAACACAUAACAGAGUACAUAGUGGGAAAAACCUGUUAUGCUGUGAAAUAUGUGGCAAAUCUUUCAUUAAAAAUUCUAGGCUUACAGUCCAUAAGAGAAUACAUACUGGCGAAAGACCAUAUCAUUGUGAAAUAUGUGGUAAAUCGUUUGUCUCUAAUGACCACUUGAAAGCGCACAAAAGAAUACACUCUGGAGAAAAACCGUAUAAUUGUAAUAUAUGUGGAAAGUCUUUUGUCUCUAACAGUAAUUUAACAACACAUAAAAGGAUACACACUGGACAGAAUCUGUUUCACUGUGAAAUAUGUGGGACAUCCUUCAUUGAAAAUUCUAGUCUUACAAUCCACAUACGUAGUCAUACUGGAGAAAAGCCAUAUUGCUGUCAACUAUGUGGGAAAGCAUUUGUGUCUAACAGUAAUUUGACAACACACAUUAAAAAACACAAUGGAGAAAAACCAUUUCACUGUGAUAUAUGUGGGAAGUCUUUUAUUAACAACUCGAAUGUUAUCAUUCACCAACGAGCACACACUGGAGAGAAACCCUAUCACUGUGAAAUAUGUGGAAAAUCAUUUUCUGUUAAUUUCAGUCUUGUAGUUCACAAAAGAAUACAUACUGGAGAAAAACCAUACCAUUGUGAGAUAUGUGGGAAAUCUUUUGUCUGCAACAGUCAUUUAACAACUCACAAAAGAAUACAUACCGGAGAAAAUCCAUUUCACUGUGAUAUUUGUGGGAAACCUUUCAUUGAAAAUUCUCAGCUUACAAUCCACAAACGUAGACACACUGGAGAAAAACCUUAUCACUGUGAAAUAUGUGAGAAAUCUUUUGUCAAUAAUAGUGAUUUAAAACGUCAUGAACGAUUGCACACUGGGGAAAAGCCUUAUCACUGUGAAAUAUGUGGAAAAUCCUUUAUCACUAACAGUCACUUGAAAAAGCAUGAACGAAUACACACAGGAGAAAUAUCACUUGAAAUGUGAGAAACCUUUCUCUUGCAAGUCUAGCAACACAUUGAAGAACGUUUAUCAGAGUGAAUUCUGUGUAGCAAUUCUCUAUAGAAUUCUCAUUUUGUUGUCUACACGUGAAAUGUGUGAAGGAUCAUUUUGUGACUCAUUAAUCAUUAUUUGGAAAACUCUGCAGUGCAUCCUUAUAAAUGUGAAAAUUUGUUUGCUAGUCAUUCACAGUCAUGCUGUUAAGCAUUAGCAAAUAUACACGAGAGAAAAAUAUUGGUUUCAAAUUUUAGGACAAGGCCAGCAGUUUCAGAGGUGGGGAUAAGUUGAUUACAUUGACUCCAGUGCUCAACUUGUACUUAUUUUAGUGACCAUGAAAGGCAAAGUCAACCUCAAAGAAAUUUGAACUCAACAUAAAAAUGGAUGAAAUGCCACUAAGCAUUUUGCCUGGCAUGAUUCUGCCACUUUACAUAAGAAAAAAAUAUUGAUGUGACUUGUUGAAAACUUUCUUUUAACAAUGUAAAUAAGAAAUGAAAAAUGCUUGUUAAAUUUUUUUUCAGUGAUAUUUAUGACAAAAAAUUCACAUUUCUAUGUAAAUUUGUAAUCUGUUUUAAUUAAAAUC